CUCUGCCCCUCUGCUCACUCUCUUCUUCUCGACAUUGGCAAUAUGGAGAAGAUAAAAAUUGCCGGCGUUGUAUCUGAUGAGAAGCACCAGUCCCUUCCAGUCCCUUCCGGCCACCGAAGGUCGUUUACCCUCAGAGACCGUUGGAUUGUCGCAUCGCUAUUGGCUAUUGUCCUGCUUUCGUCGAGUCUAUGGUUUCAAUUCCCACUUCAGGUUCUGAAAGCACACCAUUGCUUUCAUGGCCCCACAAUUGAGCAGCGGGCUAGCAAGAUUCUCAGCGAGAACCCAUUGAUUGAUGGACACAAUGACUUGAUGAUUUCUAUUAGGGCUAGGUAUCUGAACCAUAUCUAUGAUGCCGAAUUUAGAGACAAGUUUGAGAAUGGUGGCUUUCCACAACACGUCGAUCUCCCUCGUCUGGACCAAGGGAAACAGGGCGGCGCUUUCUGGAGUGCUUUCAUGCCCUGUCCGCCGGGAAAUGGAACUGAUUUCUCGAAUGACAGAUACUCUACUAUUGUACGACUCACACUUGACCAACUUGAUCUUUUUAAGCGUCUUGGCCAAAGUUAUCCGAAAUACUUUACUCCCACUACGGACAGCUUCGAAGCCUUAAAAGCCUUUAAGAAAGGACGUUUUAUAUCCCCCGCGGCCAUUGAAGGUCUUCAUCAGAUUGGUAACUCGAUUUCAACAUUACGCCUGUAUCACCAACUAGGAGUUCGAUACGCCACUCUGACAUGGAAUUGCCACAACAAGUACGCUGAUGCCGCGUGCGAAUCUGGACCAAACUUCCAGCCGAAAGUUGCUACACCUUACUGGCAUGGUCUGAGCCCAGCCGGGCGUGAAUUGGUGAAAGAGAUGAAUCGCAUGGGCAUGCUUGUUGACCUCGCGCAUGUGAGUAAGGAUACUAUGAAAGACGUCCUCGUAGGCAACGGAAGCGGUGGUUGGAACGGCAGUCUGGCGCCACCCAUCUUCAGUCACAGUUCUGCCUAUGCUAUCUGUCCGCAUCCCCGGAACGUGCCGGAUGACAUUCUUCAGUAUGUGAAGCAACGAAACUCUAUUGUCAUGAUCAACUUCAGUCCUGGAUUCAUCUCCUGUGUCCCAAGUAGCUCGUCAUCUGAACUGCCGGAGUUCUAUCCCCCUAACUCGACACUGAACCAGGUUGUGCGGCAUAUUAUGCACAUAGGAGAGCUCAUUGGAUAUGAUUAUGUGGGCAUUGGCACAGAUUAUGAUGGAAUCGACUCAACGCCCGUCGGUCUAGAGGAUGUUUCGAAAUUCCCAGAAUUGGUAGCCGAGCUCCUCCGACAAGGGGUGAGUGACGAGGAUGCUGGUAAGAUUGUUGGACGCAAUCUGUUAAGAGUGUGGAAAGAAGCAGAUGUAGUAGCUUCAAGGCUGCAAAAAGAGGUGCCACCACUGGAAGAUGAUCUCCAAAACCCCUGGUAGCGAAUGGUUACGGGAAUCCGGUCUGUUUAUUCUCACCAGCUAGAGCGAUAUUGGUGGCGUCCAUUUGCUUAGCAGUCAGGCGUAUGACGGGGAAGGAAGGCUGGCAGGCUUAUUCUUUAGCCUCCCCGGGGUAUGAGCCAAUACCCGUUCCUAGCCACAUCAAUCACCAAUGGAGUAACCGUGAAUUGAGGCAUUCCGCCUGCGCAUGGCGCCCCUCCAAAGCCUAGGAAUCCCCUCCCUCUGCUUAUAUAAAUACCUCUACGUCAUCCCCCACACUCUCACACUCCCACUCCAGCGCUGCUUCCACGGUUCAACCGCACCCGCUAGACUAAAUAAUCUUAGCUAGAUUAGAUAACCCCUUUCACUGGUAAUCCUCAUGAACACAGCCGUCCUAACCCGCCCGUCGACCCCAUAUGA